AUGAAAGAAGUUAAACUAAAGUUCGAUGUAGAGAGAAUAGUGCAAGCAUGCCAGGCCAUCGAGCCCACCGAUGAUCUCCUGAAGUACAGCACUCCAAAAGACUACACAGAUCUGAUAGACCAUAUCUUUGAUGAGAGUAUCGAGAUAGUAAAUGAUGCAGAUGAUAGGAUAGAAAGUGAUGCAAAUGGUAAUAUAGUAAGCGAUGCAGAUGAUGAUAAAGAAAAAGGACUGGUCUUGAGCAUAAUUACCAAUAGAGCACGAGAAUACUUUGCAUACAAUACAUACGGAGAGUCUAAAAUAUAUAAUUUAUAUACGUCACUACAAGAUAAAAACCCAGGGAAAAUAAGAGAAUAUUCCAUCGACAUAAUCAAUGCACUUACACAGCCAAACACAUUUAUAUACAAUCCUCAGGAUGGGAUACACAUACAGCAUAGCAGAGAUAUAACUCAAGAAGAUGUGUACACUGGUAAUAAAGCAUCAGCUCUACAGCCGAGAACAUGCACUUUGAAGAUAGAUUGCGCCAGCUUUUCGAGAUUGAAAAGAAUGCUGCAGCUCACGACAGAGAGCAUGGACAGAGAGAUUUUUUGCCGUUUUUCAUACCUGCUCUUCUCAGAGCACUCAAAGAAUAAUCCGAGAAAUAAGAACAAAGACACAAAUAUUUUAAAAAAAUACUCGCCACAGAAAAAGAACUACUCUAUAGACAACCUGUACACCCUGCAAGCAGACGAUGGCACACCGCUGGUAGACUACGGGCUGAUGCUUAUGUACAGCAAAUACUACAAGAUUAAAGAGCUAUGUGAAAGCGUUGAAAAGAUGGAGGCUAACUCUAGUAAAAGAGAGCUGAUAUUUGAUAAAAUUGGCGAUGCACUUUCUGAAGAAGAGCUGGAAAUAGUCACCUCCAUAAUUGACAACAUAUAUGAAAUAAAAAAUGAAAAGAACACACAGAAGGGCAUGAUUGAUGCAAUAGAGUACAUGAUAGAUAAUAAUAUCCUUCUGGGCGAAAAGGAUAUGCCAAAGAUUCUGUAUAUAAACAGUGACCUAAGCAACUUUAGAGAAGACUAUUUAGACAGCCAUAAAGGUUUGAGGGAGAAAGUAAGUGAAGAAGAUAGUCUAAAUGCAGAAAUAAAAGCGAAAAAAGCAGAUCUAGAUACUGAAGAGAAUGUACUCGCACAGGCUAAGAGAGAAAAAACGAGCAAAAAAGAGAUUGAAGAGCUGCAGCAUUCGAUUAGUAAACUAAACUACGAAAUUUAUUUGUUAGAGGAUAAAGUAAAAAAACAAACAGUACAGCUUAGCAAUGUUAAUUUCAACAUGCAUUUCUCUGACUCCAUGGAGCCAGUCCAGCAAAAGCAUAUUCUCAAAAAGAUACAAGAAGUAGUGCUAAGAAAGAAAAUAGAGCUAAAAGUAAAAAAGGUCUCCAAAACAAGACUAACUCACAGACAUUUGGCUUAUAUUUCUAUAGUGUUGCUAGUAGUGCUUAUAACACUGGCAGUACUAUUCUCAGGCUAUAUUAUAGAUAACAAAAUAAAAGUUGGCAAUAACUGA